CUGUGUUGCUUAGAAUUGGACACAUGUUGCAAAUAUAAUUUCUCUCUUAUUACGUUUUAAUGAUGAUUUUUGUUUAUUAUAAUUGAUAAAAUUUCAUUAAUUAGUAGUAUGCUGUUUACAAAAUACAUUCGAUCGGCCCAUGAAAAUAUAUCUAUGUUAUUUAACAAACGAAUUAAUACGUUCAAGAUGGAAAACGUGUUCGUGUCAACAAUGACUUCGUACUCUUGGAGAGAGGCUUCGAGUGUUAUUUUUGCUGCCAAACCAUCUCUGCAGGAAACGAUGGGCAAAGAUUUGAAUAAUAUGUUGAUGGCGCAUACCAGGAACUUUAAUCCAUCAAAAUUUGAUUAUCGUUUACUGAUGCUAAAGAGAAGCGGACUCAGUUCUUUUAUGGCAAAUGCGUAUGUGUUUCCGGGUGGAAUGGUAGAGUUAUCUGAUUUUUCGACAAAAUGGUGGACUGUGUUUAAUAAUGCCGGUAUUAGUAAUGAAAAACUUAUGCAAGUUUCCUCUUCCAUAACGGGACCGAGACCUCCUAUGUUUGAGAAUUCGGUUACGCUUAGUAAAGCUAAUAUUUCAAAAAAUGAUCAUUUUCCUGUUGAUUUAACGAUGCGUAUAGCUGCCAUUCGAGAGACGUUUGAAGAAACCGGAAUUUUGCUUUUAACUUCGUCUGGAGAUGAAAAUAAGGAACCGUCUGUGUAUACCGCAAAAGACUUAGACUUAAAAAUGUGGAGAGAUAAAGUCCAUAAUAAUGCAAGUUUCUUUAUAGAUCUUUGCUUGGAAAAUAAAGUUUGUCCAAAUAUUUGGUGUUUACAGGAAUGGUGGAAUUGGUUAACUCCGAAUGUUGGACAUCGUCGAUAUGAUACUAUAUUCUACGUUUGCUGCCUUUCUAAAAUACCAGCAGCUUGGGCGGAUCAGUCUGAAGUUACAGAAAUAAAGUGGUGUACACCUGAAGAAAUUUUAGAAGAAAAUAGAAAUGGAUCAGUUUUCUUAGCACCACCUCAAAUUUAUGAAUUAUCAAGGCUUUUGAAUUUUAAAAAAAUAAAGGAAUUGGAUCAGUUUUCGAAAAAAAGAGAAUGCAGAGGAAUAGAACGUUGGUUGCCAGUUGUUGCUUCUUCUACGGAUGGUGCAAUUUCAGUUCUUCCUGGAGAUGAUCUUUAUCCCGAGAACCCGCCUCUCGAAGGUGAUUUUGCAAAUCCAGAAUAUUCAUUUACUAUCGAUGAAUUAAGAAGUAAAUCUCGUAAUUUAAAUCGUUUAGAAAUUAAUGGAAUAACAUGUUUCAUCCAAAAUAAUUCGACUCCCACUUGUGGUCACGUUCCAUCUUCAAAAUAUCCAUAUAAGCAACCAGUUAUUCAGUCAUUUCUUUAAUAUUUUAAAUUCGAAAUAAUGUAUUAUUAAAACAUAAUAAGUAACAAUUAUUUGUUUGAUAACAAAAAUAUUCUCCAAAAAUGAAUAUCUUAUUUUAAAAUAUAAAAUUUUAUUUAAACAAUUCCACUACAUAUUUUUAUUAUAAUUUAGUUAACCUCAUUUACAUUAAUCAGAACUUCUUUCCAUUUUUAUGCAAUUUAAUUUCAUUGUAUUAUUCUGUCCUAAUAAUGAAAAGAGCUAUAUAAAUACCUUUAUGCAACAGUAUAUUUAAAAAUUUAAUUAACUGAAGAAUUCUAUAUAUGUGUUUACAAAAUUAUUUAUUUUAAUAAAUAUUGUGAAAUAAUAUUCCAUAUCACAUUUCUCUUGUUUAUAAAUAAAUCUGUGAUUUGUUUCACAGUAAAUAAUUGCAUUAAGAUAUCUUUUCUUAUUCUCUACAUAUUACUUUUAAUUAAUAUAUUUUAUUUUUAUAUCAGUGUGUUAAUAUAAAUAUAUGAUUAUUGCUAAAAUACAAGUUAAUUUUGUUGAAAAUUAAUAUUAAACAUUUUUGUGUCGUCAGAUUGUGAAUAUACAGUAUUUGACAGUGGUAACGUAAAAUAUAUCAUUCUCUGUAUUUAAAUGUCAUAUAUUAUAAUUAGUUUGCUGGCUGUCAGCAAUGAGGAAAUUCAAAUAUUUGUGUUUAUUCUGUACAUUAGAGAACUUUCUAAUAUUUUAGUUUAAAGAAUUUUUUGUUGAUAUUUGAUGCUAAUUCACUUGUGUACAGUUGACCCCCUAUAACACUGUUGAUAAUUCCGUUUUAUAUGAAUUCCGUGUUGUACG